AACCAAAAUGUCGACCCAGGUUACUGUGCAUCGGAUGGUGACCACGACGACCACCUCCGCCUUCCUCAUCAACGUCGGCUAUCUCAAGACCUUCCCCGGAAUUCUCAAGAUAUUCCAGAUUAUCCUCGGCUGCGUGGCCAUUGGAAUCAUCGGCCACUACAUUCCCUGGACGAGGACAGCGGAGUACAUGAUUCCGGAGCUGUUCUUCCUCCUGAUAGCGACGGCGUGUCUCAUCACCACGACCCUGCUCCUCAUGUCGUGCCUGUGUUCGAUCGCAACAGCCUCCAUCAUCCCGAAGACACUAUUCGUAAGUUUCCGUCUGCUGGUUUCUGAUGCACACACGCCCACAAACACACACACAAACACAAACUCGUAUUUAUAUGUAUUUAUUUAUAUGUAUAUAUCACUUACUAACUGGCAUGUAAAAGAUAGCUCAAACACAACCUUGUCUUGCUGCUUCAGCGACGCCACGUUGGGCCACGUCACUGUGGCCACAGAUAUUUAA